AUGCUCAAUCGAAGGCUUCCGCCACGUUACGUGCCAGUGGAGUCGUAUAACGUUCGGGAAUUUGCUCCGUUAGUGGUCGAUACGUCGUCGUCAUCUCUAUGGAUCCCCACCAUCCAUAGUAUUUUUUUGUACCCCUUAUCCUUCUAGACCCUAGGUUUUAUGAACCGGAUAAUCAACACGUGCGCUCAGCAACGUCGUAACUAUAGAACACCUAUAUUAAAUACGACUUGGACAUAUUAUAUUUUUAAUUCGUUUUCUUGAUAGACAUAAGACGGAAUCGUGCAGAAGAUAAGAUGUGGAAAUAUCAUACGAAGAUGUUACAUGAUGUUUUAGUGCAUUUGUAG